AUGGUCAACCUCGCAAGGCUGGGUCGCAGCAAGGCGAGAAUAGCGCAGUUGAGCCUUGUGCUUCUCGCAGCCAUCCUGCCUUUGGUCCUCUCAGCAGCUCAACCUUUCGUGAGCAAGACGCACUUCUCGUCGCUUCCUGUUCGGAUCAGCUACUUUCCAGAUUCCAGCACGGUGCUGUAUCAUGAUGCGGUGCACGGAACUGUGUACAGGUCGGAGAAUGAGGGAAGGGAUUGGAAGAUUAUCGAAGGUCCCGGUGCGCCUACGAGAGGGCAGGCGGCCAUGCUCGUGGAGCACCCGACCGACCCAAAGAGGGUGAGUUGAUGUUCCAUCAUCGUUCAGGCCAUCUUCAUCGCAAGCGCACCUGCACGUGCUGAUCCGUCGUCUCGUCAUUCCGCGUCCAGGCCUUCAUCCUCACGGCUGGCAAGACGCACCACCGGACGAUAGAUCGGGGAAAGACGUGGCAGAGCUUUGAAGUCCCUCUGCCUCCAGCCACUAGAGCAGGAGCUCCCUUGGAAUUCCAUCAAGACAGCUCUUCGGGUGUGGAGAAGAUCAUCUAUGCUGGGAAGAAGUGCUCCGGCUGGACACCGUGGGGUACCGCCACCUGCCAUGACGUCGUAAGUGUCAAACUCCCCCUCCCACCUCGUCCUUGCGCUGCUAACAAGCAGUUUUCCUGUGCAUUUCUAGGCCUACUACACGCUCGACGGCUUCGCCUCGCCGGCAAAACCACUCAUCGAGUUCCUUUUGCACUGCAUCUGGGCCAAGGCUACGCCAACCCUCAGUCUUCCCGCUGAUCGCCAGGACCGGAUCUACUGCAUUGCAUGGGAAGACUCUCCAACAGGUGGAGAUAUCCAUGUCAGAUCCACCUCCUCGCUCCUUGAUGACCCUAGUCAUCUCCUGCGCUCACGUGGAGAUCAUCGCCUAACUUCUCGCGCCGUUUCAGGUGCUACGAGGCUGUACUAUUCGGACGAUUUCUUCAAGUCUAGAACCUUGGUUCAGAUGGACAUGGGUCGCGAUGCGAGAAACUUCAUCGGUAUCGGUCCUUCGGGCUCAUACUUGGUGGCGGCCCUGAGAGAUAUUUCGAGCAGUACAGGGGGCAAUGCGGGUGAUCAGAUGGCCCUAUUCGUCUCACGGGAUGGAGAGAGCUGGCACAAGGGCAAAUUCCCACAUGACGCCGGACUGCAGGAGGGCGCAUACACGAUCGUUGAAGGCACAACUCAUAGUCUCGUGGUCGACGUCUUUGAUCCCGGCUUCGGCACGGGUAGGCUAUUCACCUCAGACUCCGAGGGCAUUCACUUUGUGCAAAGCCUGGACGGCACCAACCGCAACGCUCGCGGCAUCGUCGAUUACGAGCACCUUGAAAACAUCGAAGGGGCUGCACUUGCCAAUAUUCGCGCGGGCUUGCCUGGUGAACAUAGGGUUCGUACCCGCAUCACUUGGGAUGACGGAAGUCGAUGGGCACCUUUGUCAGCGCCCGACGGCAAAUGCAAAGGCCAGAACCCGGAAACGUGUUCUUUGCACCUCUACUCUGCAAGCCGAUUGCACAACAUCGGUCGCGUCUUUUCGUCUACCGUGCCAGGUUUUGUGAUGGGUGUGGGCAGCGUUGGUGACCGACUCUUGCCGUACGAAGAUUGCCAGACCUACCUCAGCACGGACGCUGGUCACACCUGGCGAAAGAUUGCCGACGAUGCUCACAAGUACGAACUUGGAGAUGGUGGAUUGCUCGUACAGGUCAAUGAUGAGGAGCCCGUCGACUUUGUCCUCUACUCUUGGAAUCACGGCAAGACUUGGGAUCGACUGAAGCUGCCUGUGCGCAUGCGAGCAAAGAUCCUCACCACUAUUCCCGACAACACUGCGCAAAAAUUCCUGUUGAUUGGAAGCCUUUCGCGCCUCGACGCCGGAACUAAUAGUCGUCACGUCGCGCUGUUUCUCGACUUUGCUGCGCAAAAGAAGCGCAAAUGCGACAAGAACCGCGACAUGGAGCAGUGGUAUGUGGGCGGCCUGAAUGCAGGAUGCUUGAUGGGGAGGAAGCAGUGGUAUCUGCGAAGGAAAGCAGAUGCGGACUGCAUCAUUGGCGACAAGUUUCAUGAUCCGGAGCCUCACAUGAAAUCUUGCGCGUGCACGGACGAAGAUUUCGAGUGCGACUUUGGCUUCGUGCGCGCACCGAAUGGUCAGUGCGUCUCUGAUGGAUCGCCCGAACACAUUCCGGAAGGCGACUGUGUAGGCAGCAAGCGGACCUACAAGGCAUCGUCAGGGUAUCGCAAAAUAGCAGGCAAUACGUGCGAAGGCGGCGUCGCGAAAGAUCAAAAGGUAACGAAGCAAUGCUCGGCUCGCAGACCCGAAAAUGGCCAGGUACUGUCCUCUCGUCACGAAUUUCCUGGCACAGUUGUCGAUCGCGCAUGGUUUGCAGACUCUUCGUACGUGAUCAUGCAAGUGUCCGAUGGCUCAAUUUGGAUUUCGCCCAACGACGGCUACUCGUGGAUGCGGCCAGAGCUGGUCAAGGAUCCUCACGAUCCGGAGCAGCGUUUCUUGACGUUGGCGAUGCAUCUCUACGAAAAGACUUACGCGUACCUCAUCACCAGUGGUCAGCGUUGCCACUACACUUUUGAUGGGGGCAAGACAUGGCACUACUUCACCGCGCCUUUGCCGCCCAACGGACUGGGGAUUCCCAUCUUGCGCUUCCAUCCUGACCGACCCGAUUGGCUGAUCUGGAUCGGAUCAAGAGACUGCAACUCGGUCACUUCGCAGACAUGCCACACUGCGGCCUACUACACCUUGAAUCAAGGCCGCGAUUGGACCUUGCUGGAUCGUUAUGUGCGCAAUUGCGCAUGGGCGAGGUCGCCGAAGUUCCACGUCGACUCGUCCUCGAUUCUGUGCGAGAGCUAUGUUCAAAAGACGGGCAAUCAGCACGGAUUUGGAAACGACAAUCAUCUGCAGCUCAUUUUGGGCAACCAAUUCUACACUCGAAAGAAUGUGCUUUUCGAGAACAUCAUUGGUUUUGCCAACUUUGAAGAGUACCUCGUUCUGGCCAAAAUCGAUGAUGCCAGGUCCAUGUCCAUCAGCUUGCAAGUUUCGCUGGACGCAAACACUUUUGCCAAGACGCAAUUCCCGCCCAACACCCGCAUCGAUGACCCGCGCGCCUACACCGUGUUGGACUCUGUGACAGACGCAAUCUUUUUGCACGUCACCACGCAUCCCGAACCGAAGUCUGCAUGGGGCAAUCUCUUCAAGAGCAAUUCGAAUGGCACCUACUUUGCGCUCAGCCUGGAGUAUGUCAACCGCAACGCUGCAGGCUUUGCUGACUUUGAAAAGGUCUUUGGUCUGGACGGAAUCGCCCUAGUCAAUGUCGUCAAUAAUCCCGAAGACGCUGCAGUGACUGGCGCCAAAGCUCUUUCAACGCGCAUCACACACAAUGAUGGUGGUCGCUGGAAGCCGCUUACACCUCCGAGAGCGGACGUCAAUGGCGCGCCGUACAACUGCCAUCAGGUCGGCUGCAGCCUUCACCUACACGGCUAUACCGAGAGGGACGAUCCCACCACAAUGUUCAGCAGCCCGACCGCAGUUGGUUUGCUGCUUGGGGUAGGAAAUGUGGGCAAGAGCCUGGCGCCUUACGCCGACUCGGACACCUUUAUCUCACGGGACGGUGGCUUCAGUUGGGAAGAAGUACACAAGGAUGCGCACAAGUGGGAAUUUGGCGAUCAAGGCUCGAUCAUCCUGCUGGCAAAUGAUGAGCGACCCACCAACGAGGUGCUGUAUAGUCUGGACGAGGGCAAAAGCUGGCAGAGCUACAAAUUCGGCGAGACCCUUCGCGUUACUGGUAUCCUAACAGUGCCCGAGGACACGCAUAGGAAAUUUGUGCUCCUUGGAAUCAAACAAGGUGUUCAACCUCAGAGCGUUGCGGUACAUCUCGACUUCUCGGCCCUUCAAAGGCGCAAAUGUAAAUUGGAUGCUUCCAAGCCUGAAGCGGACGACUUUGAGUUGUGGAGCCCCAGCGAAGAGAGGGCCGAGCCAUGUCUCUUCGGACGGCAGACGUUCUACUACCGUAGGCGAGCAAGGGCCGACUGUUUUGUUGGCGAGACGCUCGUCCAGCCGCAUUCGAUCGGCAAGAACUGCAGUUGCACCGCGGCGGACUUUGAGUGCGAGUUCAACCACUAUCUCGACCCGGAAGGCUCUGGCAGGUGCUUGCAGUACCCCGGCACGACGCUGCCACCACCGCACGUCGAAGAGCAGUGUCUCGCCUACGGCAACGAGGACUACUACUUUGAUCGCACCUCGGUCCGCAAGAUUCCUUACUCGAGCUGCAUUGGCGGCGAUCGCCCGGACCGAGGACGGAGGCAUAGCUGCCCAGCAAGCCUUCGUGGCCACGGCUUUUUCUGGUGGUCUACGGUCAUUCUUUCACCCUUUGCUCUGGCAGGCUUGGUCGGCUCUUGGUGGCUCAAACGUCACAGAUCGCGGGGCUACGGGUAAGUUUGAGGAAUUGGCACUUUCUUGACUGCGCUUGAUGCUGACGUCUGAACCGAUUCUGUUCGUUUCAUCAGCGCCAUCCAUCUGCCAGACGCUCGCGACUAUGUCGACGGCAAGCUUGUGGACACCAUCGCUUCCGUCCCCGCUUUUGUCAUCGGCGUAUCGCAGGCGGUGGCCAUGAAAGCGCUCGACUUGGCCGAGGAGAUACCAUUCCUUCGACGGUGGAUCUUCGAGAGAGGUCGUCAUACGGGUCCCCAGGGCCGGGGCAGCUAUGGCAACUACAGUCAUCUUGGUACGGACGAAGAUGCUGCCAUCCUCGAGAAUUACGAAGAGGAAGAUGCAUCGUGA